ACAGUUUGCGCAUGAGCACAUGUGUCCGCACGGAAUAUUUUCUUGGUUGCACAGGAGAGCUGUCAAUACAUCACAUCCACUCUGGUUCCAGCCAGCACAGUAAGAAAUCCAGGAUGAACCCGUCGGAGAGCAAAAUGCUGGUUCUGGGUGCACUGGCAGGAGUGGCUGGUGUCAGUUUAGCAGUGAUGUGUUACAAGGGUUUUACUUCCAGACGUCGGAACUCAUAUGCAGGCUUUCACCUUAACCGCACCAAUGAAGACAGCCGUGACGUCAUGUUUGUGGAUAGUCCUGUUCUCUCUGAGGGUCAGUCCGAGGUCCUGGAGCGCCUCGAGGCCCUGAUCCAGUGUGUGUCAGACCUGAAAAAGGAAAUGAAAGCCCUGAAGAGCGCCAUGCCUAAACUCCAGGAGCAAGUUAGAGAAGAGCUGACGGUGCACGAAGAAGGCCACCGAGCGAGCCCUUUGCACAGGACCACACCAACACGGAGGAAAAGGGUAGCCCAUGCCAGUGCUGCAGCCAGAAGUGAGGGUCGAAGUUCAGAGGAAGCAGAGAGUGAGGGAGGGUACAUGACUGCAUACACAGACUCCGAUGAAGAAGAGCUUAGUGAUGCCGAAGAGGGCGAUGAUGAAGAACCUGCAAACAAGCUAGCCGUGUUCCUUAAUAAAAUAGACAGUUUGCAUCACGGCACACAGUCAGAAAAACAGGAGGGUCUCAGCAUCCUGUUGGAACAAAAAGAAAAGUUUGGACAGGUCUCAGAAAUUCUUUGGCGUCUGGUCCGAGCCUACUGCGACGUACAUGACAUCAGCUCCACUCUACAGGAAAGGAAGAACUAUGCAGAAAAUGGUAUGAAAAUAGGUGAGGAGGUGGUGAGCCUCAACCCUGGCUGUGCUGACAGUCAUCGUUGGUAUGCCAUCGCAUGUGGAUUAAUGGCAGAGUACGACACGAUACAGAACAGGAUAAAGAACGGGUAUCUGUUCAAGGAUCACGUGACUAAGUCCAUUGAGCUGAAGCCACAAGACCCUUCGUCCUAUUACCUGCUGGGCCGCUGGUGCUACAGAGUUGCUCAGUUAACGUGGAUCGAAAGGAAAGUGGCGACCACUCUGUUUGGAGAACCUCCGAGUGCUACGGUUGAAGAGGCGCUAAAUUAUUUUCUGAAGGCUGAAGAGAUUCACCCAACAUAUUCUAAAGCCAACUACAUCUACCUAGCUCAGUGCUACAGAGACAUUGGGCAGAUGGAAAAAGCAGCACAGAUGUGUGAAGCUGCAAGUACAAUGGAUAAUGCCUGUAAAGAGAGAAAUAAGCACAGAUGGAUGGAUGAAGAGAUGGACAUCGAUUGAUUAUUUACUUAGUGUCUUACUCGUCGGUGUGGAUUUAUGUAAUGUAUUGAUCCAUCCUGACACAAAUGCACCCCCUUGUGGCUCAACAUUUGCUGGCUCCACAUCCAUGAUUCUGAUCACCAUGGUGAUUCUGCCCAUGGAACUGGAACUGAUGGGAUUUAUAGUAGCCCGUCAAAGAGAUACCUGGUUUUGGCUCUGGUUAAACUGUAGUAUGUUCUUAUGUGCCUUAAUGCACCGUACUUAAUAAAAUGGCCCCUCAGUUUAUAUAGAUACAGUCUUCCGAUUAUGACAUCAUUUGUUUUAUAUUUGAAUUCAUCACAACGUUGACACAAACACUCACUAAACUUGUGCUGUCUCCAAAAGUGCUUGCAAAACACACAUAGCUACAGUAGCGGCCAUCCAGGACCCUGUUUGAUUAAGAUAGACAGAAAAAUGUAGCAGUGACAGGCUCCUGCAUGAGUGUGAAUAAUUGUAGAGUUUAAAAGUUCCUGUUCACUUUUCCCUAGAUGGAACUUUUUGUGCCAGGCCAAUUGGGAGUCUGUUGCUGGAUCAGAUUCAGGUCACCAGUCUAGUCAAGUUUCAGCAUUUUUUCCAACCACUUAAAUACUCCCUCCCAAAUAAACACAGUUGUUUGUUUAUAUAGCUCUGAAAACGUAGCCAUCAAUAUGACUAAUUUCACAGAACAUCUGUGCAGUAACUAUAACUACAGUCAACCUCUGAAUCACGCCAUGCUGUGUACUUGAAGCAAACAGUAACUUUUGGGAGUUUUAUGACAUAAUACAGAAGUAAUUGUUUGUCUGUCUGUGAUCUGUCGAUUCUCCCUCGACGAUGCUUUUCUGGUCCGUUGAUUCUGGUCAUUUCCAGGAGGGUCAUUUUAAUUUAAACUAUGGAGACCAUUGAGACAUAAAGUGCAUGUACAUUGACUUAAUGGAACUCAGGAGAUAGUCGUGACUUUGAUGUUGGUGAUAACGCAAGGACGUCUGUUGAUGACUUUUUCAAUAGGUUGAAGAUCUAGCUUUUAACUCCAGCUCUUCAGUCAGGGUCGACUUAACACCAAGUGGCCUGAACUGUGCCUGACAUUAGUUCAAAAUCAGGAGUGCUGAAAAAAAAUUCACUUCACUUUAGUUUAUGUAUUUAUUCACUGUAGAUUUAUAUAUGUCAGACCCUCCUGGGGGCCUUUAGGAUCAAGCCGACAUUGGAGUUUGAGUUUUGUCUAGCUAAAUGUUGUGAUAUUUCAUGGCUGUGUUUCCCCAGCACUCUUCUCCAUUCUGAUCUUCACGUAUCCUUCCAUUCACACUGUAAUUGCACAAUCUGCUCUCGACAGCUCACAGAGUUGGUGAAUGUCCUGCACAGGAUGCAGGCUUACGUGCGGAGAUUCACACUAAUCUCGCUAAUACAUUCUUGUCAGGUCUAAGCUGUGGUGAUACAGGAUUUCUCUCACCACCACUUUAUGCAAUAUUUUACCUUUCUCUCCAGGCUAACGCGGGCCACGCGUGCAGCGCUCCUGCCUUAUAGCAGGAAGAUCGCCGGUUUGAGCCCUGUUUAUAAAUGAUGUCUGUUUUCCUCCCACAGUUUACAUUAAGAAAAUGUGAACUGUAGUUCCUUUAUAUAUAUAUAUACAUACAUACAUACAUACAUACAUACAUACACCCAGUACACAGUUUAAUACAUAGGGAAAUGUCUAAAAAAAUUCACCAUGAAUUCACUUGCAUGGUAGAUAAUCUGGAAGGGCAAGAUGAGCUACGUUGCUUUAGGAUUACGCUUGAUUUAAAUACAUUUUUACCCAGAAAGCCAAAGAAAUUAUAGUAGUAGUUAGCCAAGCAAGGCGGGUCUUGACGGGACAUUUUAAUACAGCAUGACAAUGUGGUAUAUUUCUGAGCCUGUGGAUACGUUGAUGAUUUUCUCCUGAGCCUUUAUAAUGAAAUUGAACCUAAGGGUUUAAAGGUCAAGCACAUUUAGCAGCGGUUUAUGCCCUGUGUUUCAAAGGCAUCAGUUUGUAACUAGUGUUUUGUUUUAACUAAUAAAACCAUCUUUAUUAAAUUCAAUUAUAGUAGAAUAUAAGCAAAGUGUAAUUAUAACAUAAAUAAUUGUAAAACACAUUUUGUUUUGCUAGUAUACUUUUGAAUUAAAUUUCAUUAUAUCGACCGUAUAACCACUCCGCCAUUUUCUCAGUUAAAGGGUUAGGGCGUAUAUUUUUUCUGACAAAACUACAGAAUCCUUUGAAAAAAAAAAAAUAUAUAUAAACUAUACAGUUACACAAAUUAUAUUAAUGAGCUUAUUCUGAUUCACUUCUGAAAAAGUACAAUUUAAUCAGUAGACAUUAGGAUAUACAUUGUUUAUGUACGGUCUGGAAAAACACGGUGUACUUAUCAUUUCCCCUCAUAAGAGUGAGAGAAUAUUAUUCAACAUUUCAUCUGUGAGCAGAAAUCAAAAGUCGGCUGAUUUUACAGAUGUUGUUCAGAAUGUUGAGCCACCUGAUGGUGUGAAAUCAUGUUUCCAUUCCUCCUGAAUUUUACCCUUGAGCUGAGACCCAGAUCAGGUCUAAAAUCAUGGUACAGUAUAUGAGGGCCAGCACAGUUCUGUGGCAAGAACUAAAAAUUUCCAUUUGAAUAAAAAUAGUGCUAGGGUCCCGUGUUUGUGUGCAGUUGGACGUGGCUUCAAAUCCCUGUAGACCCUAACUCCCAACCGUGGUAGGAAGGUGUGCAGUCUAUUUCUGAUGAUGGCAAAAGCAGCAAAUCAUAUAGACCAUAAUUUAACCUGAGAAAAAAAAUUAUAAAAAUGAUAAG